AUGGCGACCAUCCAGAUCAUGACCGGUUUCAUGCACAUCGGUUUCGGGAUCGUCCUGACGACGCUCACCAACGUUUACACCUCCGUCUUCGUCAUCGGCGAGAUCCCUUUCCUGGGCGGCGUGUCUUUUAUCAUCUCAGGCUGCCUCUCCAUCGGGGCGGAGAAGAGCCCCACAGAGUGCGCGGUGAAGGGCAGCCAGACCAUGAAUGUCAUCAGUGCCAUCUUUGCUCUGCUGGGUAUUGUCGCCUUCAUCGUAGACCUCAACCUGAACGGCCUCUACCGCUCCAGCUUUGACUACUACAGCUAUCUCGUCUUGCUCGCAGGGAAUGGGAUUUCCAUCGUCCUGCUCAUCUUCACUAUCCUGGAGUUCUGCAUCGCCGUGGCCACCGCCAAUUUUUGGUGCCGGGCCACCCGCCUCAGCUCCAACGAGGCCAUGCUGAUCGUGCCCAGCGCCACACGGGUGGACCUGGCCGUGCCGCUGGCUGACCUGCCCCAGCCACCCAGCUACGCCGAGGUGAUCUACGACCCCAAAGAACAGCCCAGCUAG